AAGUGUGGCAAUUGUUUACCUUUUGGCCUAUGGCGCCUGCCCUCACACAGUCCCUAAACGGGGCGACACCGCAGGUCAAAGCUGCGCUCCAUCACCUGGACGCAAACACCGUAUCGAUCGAUGAUAUCAUUCACUAUCUGAAGCACCAUGGGGGUGUUGUUGUCCAGAACCUCAUCUCUGAAGAGAUUCUUCAGGAAGUCGGGGCGGACAUCAAGCCCUAUUUUGAUGCUCUUGUUGAACCUGGGUUCUUCUCCAGCAAGACACGGAUCGUCACACGACUACCCAACAAGUCCAUCGCUUUUGUGGAAAAGAUAUUCGGGAACCAGGUUUUCCAGGAUAUAUGCGAUCAUUUUCUGACCUCGCACCAUCGAGGCUGGUACGGCAAUGAACAAUACACCUACUCCCCACACCCAGUCUUCAACUCGGCCCUGGCCUUCUCGACGCUGCCGGGCAACGAAACCCAGAGUUUGCACCGCGAAUGCAUGGGGCAGCACAAUAAGCUGCCGGCAAUAGCACCAGAGGACUAUCCAAUCGGCAGAGACACGGUUUUGGGCAUGUUCGUGGCUGACACGCGCACGACCCGCGAGAACGGGGCCACCCGCUUUAUCCCCGGUUCACAUCUUCAAUCCACGCUCGACCCCCCAGACGAGAGCCAAACCGUCCCGGUGGAGAUGAACCGCGGUGACGUUUUCCUGAUGCUCGGAAGCUGCUAUCACGGGGCGUCUGCAAACGUCAGUCAGGCUGAGGAGCGGAUCUUGUAUAGCACGUUCAUGACCCAAUCAACUCGUCGCCAGGAGGAGAAUAUCUACCUUAGCGUCCCUGUCGACCGAGUGCGGGUGUUCUCACCCCGCAUGCAGAAGCGUCUCGGUUUUAGUGCAAGCGACCCGUUGUUUGGAUGGGUCGAUGUGAAAGAUCCGCGCAAAGUCUUCAAUCUUCCUGGCUUGAGUGAAGGGCAGCAUAUUGACGUAUAAGGCUCUCUUCAACGGCGAGCUUUCAUCUUCACCUGAAACUCUGUAAGCUAGCUUCAGGAACAGUUCCAAUAUAAGGCCCCUCUCUGAGUAUAAUUCUCAGGAACAGCUUACCCAACCUAGUGAUAUCAUAUGCCCAAGAAUUGGAACUGGAUUGUUCGACACUGCUCAUACCGUCUUUGACUGCCACCUACCGCUUUCUGUUCUAAGCAAUCUUGAUAUCAUAUGAACAAUCAUCUCACUACUAAUAUCAGGGAUUCUCAC